GGAAACGGCGCCACAACUUUCGCGCGCGUGCCCUUUAACAAGUGUAUGUCGACGGCAAUACGAAGACGGAUUAAAAACACAAAGCCAAUCGUACAGGAGAACAUGCGAAGGAGACGCAUUCCUCCACGGGAGGAUGCAGUCUGUCAUGUUUCUGCUGGAAGGGACAAACUGGGACUUGAUAUCCACUACAUAAAUGCCUUCAAAGGUCGGGGCAUUUUCACGACUGUUCCAUUCCAAAAAGGAGACUUUCUUUUGGAAUACAGAGGUAAACUCAUAACAAAAGAAGAAUGUGAGCGGAGACACAGAGUUUAUCAUGACAGCCUGAAGGUGUUCAUGUUUGAAUUCAAGUUUGAUGGAAAACUCUGGUGGUGCGUAUUAUAUCAGUGUAGACAGAGACAAAUGAUACAGGUAACAUCAGAAGAAGAGAUACCUGUUGACCUGAUUGAGGAAGUUAAACGGGCCCAGGAGGAGGCAUCCCCAGAGGAAAAGGGGUGUGGAAAAACAAAGGAGCCUGGCAGGAUGGACAUUUGUGGAGGGGGCCAGACGGGCGCCCCGUGCUGA